AUGGGCAGUGACGCCGUGCUGGAUGUAGUGGUUCCCGACGGCAUGCAUCAAAAUUGCAAUCCUGGUGAAAAGAAAAACCCUUUCCGUGGCAGGCGAAACGGUCCCUCACCACUGAGCAACCGCCACCCAGCAGAUCGGAAGGAGGCGGGGGUGCUUUGACAUGAGUGUUGCUCGAUCUUUCAAACGCAGCGGUGUACUGGAUGUCGGCUAGAAGGAGAAUAUCGGAUUGGAGAACCUUCUGAAAGACUAAUCUAUUACCCUUGCCGUUUUUCGUGAUUGAUUGAUUGUUCGUUCCUUCGUUCGGUUGCUAGCUGCGUCGUUCCCUCCUUCUGUGAGAAGUGCGUUUCGCCUCCAGAGUCACUCAAGAGUAUCUUCGACGUUUUCGUGCAUUUUCUCACUUGCCAGCCACAAUGAGACAAGUCUAUCUGCUGUCGCUCCUCGUAUUUCUGGCCGUGGUAGCGGCGCAGUCAGAAGGCCGCCAAGGGAGCUGGUACAUCUUCCCAGGCACAAAAUGGUGCGGCAAAGGCAACCGAGCGAAGAAUUACGACGAUCUCGGUGAGGCGGAUGACACGGACCGCUGUUGCCGCGCGCAUGACAAAGCUCCCGGCGGAAUCAAGAGCGGCCAAACCGUCCACAACAUAACGAAUAAAUUCAAAUACACAAUAAAAACAUGCGCAGCCGAUGAGGAAUUCCGCCAGUGUCUGAAAAAUGUCGACUCAAGGAUCAGCCGCAUGGUGGGGACCGUUUUCUUCAACGUAUUGAAAGCGAAAUGCUAUGCUCACGGACAGCCUCAGGCCUGUGAAAAGAAAUCGUGGAGCGGUUGUGAGCGCUAUUACACGCUACAGAACUUCCCGGAGGGUUGGCAUCUCUAUGAAAGUCCACACUUCUGAGACAACAGAAACUCGAGGUUCGGUGCAUGAAAGAUUAUUUAUGGACAGGUCCUCCUCGGGAACAAGACCACAGAGAGCUGAGGAUGAUGAGCGUGGAUAGCUGCGAACCGAACGCAUACCCGAGCCAAUGUCAUAGGCCAUCGAAGUUAAUCGAUUGUUCAUCAUAGUU